AUGACGAUGAUGGUGCCAACGAGAGCCAAGAUGACGAUGAUGCAACAGUCCGUUGUUGAACGAGGAUUAAAACGCUUCUCAUAUUGCACAGUCAAAUUCACUAUUCGGUGCAUCUCUAAUGAUAACAUUAGCAAUCACGAUAUUUGUGACGUGAAAAUGACAAUAGCAGACUUCUGUAACGGUAAUGAUAUUAAUGAUAAAUUGAUGCUUGAGAAAAUUAAAACUGAUCCACGCAAAUCAACACAUAACAGAUUGAUGAGUGAGGUGAUCGAAUCACACUUCCAAAACAGAACGUCACCCACACCCUCAUCAGCACACAACUACAGCAAACGCAAAAAGAACAAGCCAUCUUAUUAG